AUGGCUGUUGACUUUGAGGUCUGGGUUUAUGACCUCCAGCUGUUCCUCCAGUGCGAUAGGACAGACGGCCUCUCUCUUUUGAACCUCACCUCUGGUGCCUCCCCUGCCCCGCCUGCUACUGCUGACAGCACUGUUCGCUCACAGUGGGCGACACGCGAUGCUGCUGCCCGUCUUGUUGUGCGUCGCCACUUACCGACCACUAAGCGUGCACACUUUAGCCAGUACAAGAGUGCUCAGACCUUGUACGACGCUGUAGUUGCACGCUACUCUUCCCCUGCCACUGCUGCACUGAGCCGCCUCAUGCUACCGUACCUCUUCCCUGACCUUGCUGCCUUUCCCAUAGUCGCUGACCUCAUUACGCACCUCCGCACUAGUGACACUCGCUACCGCGCUGCGCUCCCUGCUGAGUUCUGCGCCAAGAACCCCCCCCCCAUGUACAUCACUCUCUACUACAUAGUCACCCGGCUCCCUGACUCUCUUCGCUUAGUCAGGGACCACUUCCUCUCAGUUUGCCCAACCACUCUCACCGUUGACCUCCUCGAGGAGCGCCUCCUAGCAGCAGAGAAGAGCAUAGUAGCUGUAGGAGCCUCUCAUGGCGCCGCACCGGCAAGGGCAAGGGAGGCAAGGGAGCUGGAGGGGCUAGCGGGGGCGGUGAAGGUGGUGGUGGAGGCAGUGGAGGGGGUGGGGGUGGUGGUGGGAGUGGUGGCGGGGGUGGCGCCGGCAGUGGCAGCAGUGGAGGCGGAGGAGGCGGCGGUGGUGGCGGAGGGAGCGGAAGUGGCGGAGGUGGCGGAGGCGGCGGAGGUGGCGGCGGCGCCGGAGGUGGCGGCGGCGCCGGAGGCGCCGGCGGCGGCGGUGCAGCUGCUCGCGACUCUACGUAGAGGAGUGGGUCUGGUGGUGGUCCGCGCCAGCAGCAGCAGCGCAGUCGUGAGACCCUGUCCCCUCAGCAGCUUCGUGAGUGGUACGCUGCUCGUCAGCGUGGUGGGGGUACUGGUCCCUGCACUUACGUUCUCCGCACCGGCGACCGUGCUGGUGAGCAGUGCGGGGGCCUGCACUCCACCCAGCGCUGCUUCGGCCGCCUGA